UGGGGGUUUUGAUUUGGCGCGCUGAUUCAACGAACUGCACGCACAUAUCGGGGACUCAGACACAACUCCUCGUGUUCGCAAUGCAGCAUUCCAUUGUAAUGGCUCUCCGUUACCUUCUCCACCCAUUGAUAAUACUCAAAUCUCCAUGGCAAUCAUCGACCUUCUGUCCUAGGGUUUCUUCUGUAACCAAAAAUGGACACUCUCCAGCACCACCUCCACCGUUUCUCCAAACCUUCCUUAAUUUACGACCGUCAGAAGCCCUGGUGGCAACAAAUUCUCGAUCCAAAUGGCGAGUUCGUUGCCAGAUGGAACCACAUUUUCUUGUUCACUUCCUUUGUCGGUCUAUUUGUUGAUCCUCUUUUUUUGUUGCUUCCAAUUAUUCGCGAAACCUGCAUGAGCACCGAUAAUGUUUUGGGAUACACCAUAUUAACUUUUCGCGUAUUGGUUGAUAUCUUCGCCUUGUUUCAGAUCAUUAUGAAGUUCCGUACGGCUUUUGUUUCCAAGAAAACCCGGGUUUUUGGUAAGGGUGAGCUGGUGAUGGAUCAGAAAUUGAUUGCUAUCCGUUACGUGAAGAACGACUUUGCCAUUGAUCUUGCUGCUGCCCUCCCGCUCCCACAAAUUGUUAUUUGGUUUAUAAUGCCAUUGAAUGGCUCAUCCGCCACUCAUGCUAAUCAUGCCAUCUCUUUGAUUAUUAUGCUUCAGUAUGUGCCAAGAUUGUUAGUCAUUUUCCCCUUAAAUUCAAAGAUUAUUAGGAAUACAGGUGUUGUGGCAAAGACAGCUUGGUCUGGUGCAGCAUACAAUCUCCUCCUGUACUUGCUGGCAGGUCAUGUUUUAGGAGCUAUAUGGUAUCUGAUGGCUAUUGAGAGGCACUUUUCAUGCUGGAAGGAUGAGUGUGAAAAGCAGCAGGAGGGUGCUCCAGCUUGUUAUAAAGACUACCUUGAUUGCUCAUCACUUGGUAAACCUGGGCGUCAGGAGUGGUCGGAAACCACUGAGGUGUUCAAGAAUUGCGAUGCUAAUGCCGAUAUAAGCUUUGAGUUUGGAAUGUUUGGUGAUGCAAAUACUGAAGAAGUUACAUCUGCUGGCAUCUUUGAUCGAUAUUUUUACUGCCUAUGGUGGGGUUUAAAGAGCCUAAGUUCAUAUGGACAAAGUAUAACUACAAGCAUAAACAUUGUUGAGACGCUCUUUUCCAGUCUUAUUUGUCUUCUGGGUUUGGUCUUCUUUGCACUGCUGAUAGGCAACAUGCAGAGCUAUCUACAAUCCAUGACAGCAAGACUUGAACAAUGGAGAGUUAAAAGAAGGGACACAGAGGAGUGGAUGAGGCACCGUCAACUGCCUGAAGAUCUGCAAGAUCGUGUUCGUCGGUUUGUUCAGUAUAAAUGGGUAGCUACAAGAGGUGUAGAGGAAGAAGAAAUAUUGCGUUCCUUACCCUUGGAUCUAAGGCGCCAGAUUCAGAGGCACCUCUGCCUGGCUCUUGUUCGUCGUGUUCCUUUCUUCUCCCAGAUGGAUGAUCAGCUGUUAGAUGCAAUAUGCGAAUGCCUUGUUUCAUCAUUGAACACGAAAGACACGUAUAUUGUUCGGGAAGGAGAUCCGGUGAAUGAGAUGCUUUUCAUAAUUAGAGGUGAACUUGAGAGUUCAACAACUAAUGGAGGAAGGUCAGGCUUCUUCAACUCCAUUACGUUAAAGCAGGGUGAUUUUUGUGGAGAAGAGUUGCUAACAUGGGCCUUAGUGCCUAAUCCGAAUGUUAAUCUUCCAAUUUCAACUCGAACAGUGAAAUGCCUUAAAGAAGUUGAAGCAUUUGCACUUAAAGCUGAAAAGCUCAAGUUUGUUGCAAACCAGUUCAGACGCCUCCAUAGUAAGAAAUUACAGCAUGCAUUCCGGUUCUACUCACACCAAUGGAGGACAUGGGGAGCUUGCUACAUACAAGCUGCAUGGAGACGCUAUCGGAGGAAAAAACUAGCGGAGGAAUUGUCAAGAGAAGAAAGCCUGUACUACUCACGAGGGAUGGACCAAGAGGAUGAUUAUGGUCAUGAAUAUCCAGAAGCUGGUUAUGACGGUGGCAAUGCUUCGGAUCAUGCAACAGAAAGCAGUAUUCAGCAUCUUGGAGCUACAAUAUUGGCAUCAAGAUUUGCUGCUAACACCAGAAGAGGCAAGGUGGCACGGGUGGACCCUGGUGAAUCCAGCUUACGUAUGCCUAAACUCUUUAAGCCUGACGAGCCUGAUUUUUCUGAUGAUCAAAGAUGAACGCCAUAGUCACUGAUGAAUCAGUUCUUGUUUUUGGAUCGAAGUUAGAGUUAGUCUUUAGGCUGCUUGUUGCCCUGUUACUUGUUCACAGGUCACUUUUUGAUGUUUCUUCUUAUUCAAAAGAAACCGUUACUACCAAUUCAUUCACUACUACAUAGUGGUUAACUACUUCACAAAUGUAAAUUAAUUGCUUGCUUUAAUCAUAAGGGCAUCUUAAGUGA